AUGCUCUCGUGGUGUCGGUUACCGCGGCAUCUGACUACCAGGUCUUUUUACUAUCGUCAGCUAUCCGCCAAAGUUCAGCUGCCAGAGUACGACUAUGAAGCUGCCAGGGCAUGGUACAAGUCUUAUAAGCCCACAGAGUCUCUUCUUGGUCUGGGGGAAGUGACCUAUAGUCGAUCCAGAGGCCCUGGAGGUCAGAAUGUGAAUAAAGUUAACUCAAAAGCACAACUCCGCGUGCCUGUAGAUGGCCUCCUUGCGUUGCUCCCUUCUGUCCUGCACAAGGGAAUCCUUUCUUCAAGAUACUACGCGGAAAAGUCCUCUAGUCUUAUCAUCCAGGCGGAUGACAGCCGCAAGCAACAAGCUAACAAAGAGACAUGUUACCGCAAGCUCAACGAAUUGAUUGUGGAUGUAUACAAGCACAACGUGCCAGGCGAGACAACGCAGGAUCAGAAAGAGAAAGUUCAGAAGCUACAGAAAGCAGAGAACGAAGCAAGAUUGAAACGAAAGCAUCUGCAGUCAAGCAAGAAGCAAUUUCGGUCCAAGGGUAGCUUGGACUGA